AACUUAUGAGGUCCCUACACAUAUAAGAUGCAUAGAUGAUUCUUCACAAUUUGUUCCAUUUCUUGCAGGUGAAACGUUACAUUGGAAAAUACAUAAUCAGUAAAGUAUUUUGCCGUGAUCCUUUUUGUUUGGAUUUUUUGAAUCGAGUAGGUCAGUCCUUUAUUCAUUUUGUAUGUUGUACAUAACCUCAUUCAGUUGGAAUUGUGGAUUUUCUUUAAUGAAUUUGUUUAUUUCCAUUUCAGUUUGUCAUCAUUCUUUUCAUAGUGCUGACAGUGUGGUUGGAGAAGAAUGUGUUCAAUAUGAGUUUUCGUUAUCCCUUAUUCCACUGUCUUAGUCACAAAUAGUCAAGUAUGAAAACUCGCUCAAUACAGUGUGGGUUCGUAUAUUUGCUGGACUAGAAAGUAAAUGUAUAUUUAUAGUUCUCAUGAGAACACAACAUUCCAUAAACUUUCGCGUUCUUUGCAUCUCCAAUGCUUAUUCGCGGAAAUCAAAUGUUGCCAUUUUUCUGUCUUCAAUAAAGACUAUUUUUUUGUAAUCGUAUCUUGAAGGACUAGGAACAUAAAAGAGAUAUUUUUGCA